UUGUCUUCCUGCAUCUCAGCAGCAAGGUCCACUCACAGUUGCUCCCACCAUUAUGAGGCCAGCUUACAUGUACAGAGAGCCAGGGACAGAUAACCAGGGACAGCUGAGACAACCAGAGACUAAUGUGCUCACAAUUCCCGAUAACGUGCUCCAGAACCUGCGUCCUGUUGGAGUACUGAACGGUGUACCGAUGUAUGAUUAUGCCACUCCUGCUCCUCCACCUAACACCUCCGCUCCAAAAAAAAGAAAGUGCCGAGCCCAGCAGGAUGAAGAUCGGCCAUACGUCAAGAAGCCGCCAAAUGCCUUCAUGCUCUAUCUCAAAGAGCAGAGGCCAAAGGUCACUGCUGAACUCAAUAUCCCUGGAAGUGCAGCCGUAAAUGCAGUGGUGGGACAGAGGUGGAAGUCGCUUUCAAACGACCAGAAAGCCAGAUAUUUCGACCAGGCUGAAACAGAAAGACGGAAUCAUGCCAAAGAGCAUCCAGCCUGGUCGACCAAAGAAAACUAUGGCAAAAAGAGGAAGAGAAUCCGACUUAGAAACGAAUCUGCAUGUGUACAUGAAGAAGAAGAAGCUCAACAAGCCAACCACUUGCGUAUGAGGCCAACUGAGUCACAGCCAUCUUCUUCUUCUCAUUCAUUUCUGACAGAGCCACAUGAGCUGCCACAGACAAAGCCAGAUGAUAGCAGCCUGCCUCGCCAGCAGCCAGUGUGUGUGCAACUGCCAAACACACAGGCAUCACCCUAUACACCUCUCUGUCAAGAAAAUCAGGUCUCCCCUGCCUCUCACAUGAAUUUCCCUGAGGACACCUCAUUGGACUCCCCUGUUGCACCCCUUCAGUUCCAGACACAGGAGGCCUUUGUCACAGACAGAGAGGAAGAACUGCUGUCAAUGCUGGAAGCGCUUGACCCCCUCCCAUCACUGCACAGUCUCAACAGCCCUCACCCACGCCUGCUUCUCCUGUAG